UGCUGCCAUCCCAGAGAGUAGCUGUGUCUGCUCUGAGACCUGUGGAGCAUUAUAUCUCUGGCUGAGCUUCCUGAACUCGCAGGUUUCAUUAUCACUUGUGGUGGUUGAUAGUGUUCUAUGCACCGAGAAGAGCAAACCAGCGAGGAAGCGCCAGCAUCUGACGGCAGGUGAGAGGUGAAGAUCAAUGUAAUGACUGUGGUGCUGGAGAGAAGAGACCCGGCUGGAGCAGUGCUUGGCAGGAGCAUACUUCACAGGACUUCACAGGACACCACAGGACAUAGCGGUUGCAAGCCGUUUAGGGUAGGCUUCAACAGAAAGCUUCUGAAAAGCCUCGGGGGACGCUUUGACUCUCUGAAGCUAAAGACGGAGGACUCAACCUCACUUCCUCCCUCCGCUCAUUUGGGCUUCCUGUCGUCACAACGUGAUCGUAUUUUUUUCACCCUCCACUUCUCCUUUUACACAAAUAUCUCCCGACAUCCGGGUUAGCAGCCUUGUCACAGCCACUUCAAGUAUAAUCACAGAAGCCUGCCUAAAGGAUUGAGGAGCAGUGCCUGAAUAAGGGAAAGAAUAACACAGCAUGAGCAUGAGUAGUUUGAAACUGCUGAAGUAUGUCCUGUUUUUCUUCAACCUACUCUUCUGGUUCUGUGGCUGCUGCGUUUUGAGCUUUGGGAUCUACCUCCUGAUCCACAAGAAGUUCGGGGUGCUCUUCUUUAACCUCCCCUUCCUCACGCUGGGCAAUGUGCUUGUCAUCGUGGGCUCCAUUAUCAUGGUGGUUGCCUUUCUGGGCUGCAUGGGAUCUAUCAAGGAAAACAAGUGCUUGCUGAUGUCGUUCUUUGUCCUGCUGCUCGUCAUCCUACUUGCUGAGGUGAUCUUGGCCAUUCUGCUCUUCGUAUAUGAACAGAAGCUGAACAAGUAUGUGGCUGAUGGUCUGACUGACAGCAUCCAACGUUACCAAUCAGAUAACAGCACCAAGGUGGCAUGGGACUCCAUCCAGUCAUUUCUGCAGUGUUGUGGUGUAAAUGGCACAAGCGACUGGCCCCGUGGCCCACCAGCAUCUUGCCCUUCAGAUUCACAAGUUAAGGGUUGCUACAUAAAAGCACAACAGUGGUUUCAAUCCAACUUCUUGUAUAUUGGCAUCAUCACCAUCUGUAUAUGUGUGGUUCAGGUGUUGGGAAUGUCCUUUGCACUGACCCUGAACUGCCAGAUUGACAAAUCCACCCGGGUCCUAGGACUAUGACCUGCAACCUCCCUGUGCUGGAGAGAUUUGUCUCAUCUUUGGAAAUCUAAAACCACUUAUAGCAUGAAGCCCUAAAUAAUCACCUGCUGCACUGUUGUCAUCAUCUUCCCUUCAUCUCUUCUCUGCUUGGGUCUCUGUCUUAUACAACUGGAGAAGAGAGUGUUGGUCAGAUACUUCCCAUCUCAUGCAGCAAGACAACUAUUCAUCCAUUGAUGGAAGCAAGGUGGUAAAAUACCUGGGUGUUUUACAGAAGUGAGAGACCAAGAGAACUUAUGGCGCUAGUAGGUCAAAACCCAGGGGCAAGUCUAGGAUUUGAUGUUUUGAAAAUUACUAUUGUUAAAUCAGUCUCUAGCCUCUAAACCACAUCCAGUCUGCUUUCCAAAGUCAAGCAAAAGAAAGCAGAGGAAAGCUCUGGGGCCAGGCUCACUGGAUUCUUGUCACAACCCUAUGUUUCCUUUCGCUCUGGGGGCCUUGGUUACAGGAAUUAACAGAAAACUCUUUCCCCAAAGGGUGAGGUUUCAUUUCAACUUCUUUGUUAAAUGCCUUAUUAUUGUAAGUCUUUCCAGAUAAAGAAACUAUCCAGUGAUUCAUAUCUUGACUGCAAAUAUCUUUUAGCCUUUGAUUUACAUAGUCAUGGAAGAACUCAGCAGUCCAGUAUCUCUGGUGUAUUAGCUGAUAAUCUCAUUCAGAAGAGCUCUGGUGUAACUUCUCUAUCAGAUAAGGUUUUGUUAAUGUGCUAUUUUUAAUUCUUCAAUAAAUAAAAUAGCUUAUGACCUCAA